AUGAUCCAGGACAUCUGUGUAUUAAUUAUUUACCAAUACUUCGGCAAGGUUUAUGAAAGCUGUAUAAUUUACUUCGAGCUGAUAGAAAUUGGAUUGCUGUCUAUUAUUUUUCUAUCAAUGAUAUUGAUCUCCGCAGAUCGAUUUCUUUGCAUUACGUUGGGAGUAAAAUAUAAAGCAAUUGUUACAAGAAAAAAAUUGCAAUUCACUGUGGUAAUGAUUUGGAUUAUUAACGUCAUUUCUACAAUUCCAUUUUUAUUUUCAAAGAAGAGAUCGUACUUUAAAUAUAUUUACUACGCUGCGUUUGGAACGUUGUUUGUUAUCGUGUCUGUGAUAAUUUAUGCAAGGGUGGCGUUAUCGAUUCACUUGCGGACGAAACGUAUGCUUUCGAUUCAGUCAGGAAGAGGAAGCAUACGUUCAAAGCCAAUUGGUGUGUUCAGAAAGUUAUACGUCGUUCCCUUUGGAAUCAUUACAACAUUUGUUCUGUUCAAUGUUAUUCCAGACACAUUGGAAGUCUUGCAUUAUAAUCGACCAUUCGAUUCUACAACGUACGAAGCUGUGUUCUGUUUUUACAUUAUCGGCUACAUUGCUGAUCCUUUAAUAUAUAUCUUUCUGAAUGCCGAAACCAAAGCUACAGCCCGAAAGUUUAUGUACACAUUUUUUUUUGAAAGAAGAACAGAAGUGUAA